GAUGUCGAUGUCCCUUGAAAUCCUGUCCAUCUUCAGGAUCCUCGCUGUUGUGCCUUUCUGCCAUGGGUUUUGAAUCAUCUCGUCGAUCGAAGUUCAAAAGCGGAGUAAGCCUCAACGGGCACUGCUUAUCUUCCUCUACCCCAACCCAGGAAGUUUAUCUAGUGUACCAGCUACCUCACCAAUAACUGUGGGUGCGGGUGGUGGGACUGUUGAUGGGACCCUAUCGUAACGCCAAGACAGAGAGCCAUUGUUUCCCCCGGUUCCCAUACUCUUUGUGCAUAGCAUGCCCGUUCACCGAGCAACCGGUAAUCAGGUUCUGUUACUCCCGACAUAUCAGGUAUGGGUUGCAAUAGCGAUAUUGGGUUGGUUAAGCGCCUUCAUGCGUGGGAUCAAGCUAUUCGCUAUGCGCUCAAUCAUUAGAGCUUUGGAUUGGCCUGUCGGUAGUUGAGGCUGGGCUCAAGACCUGAAACUUCCUCAGAUCAAUCUCAAUACCAAACCGCCCAACCCUCUGAACUUUUUCCGAUCUUUAACUAACGCGUGUGGAGAUUUCUAACCAUGGCGCCCGGAGGCCCAUCGCAGUCCGUGGUUAUCAGCGGCCGGGUGACCAAGUCAGUGCUGUCAACUCCAGGAAAGCCAAAACCAUCACAGAGUAGCAAUACUGGCAGCACAGGCACCGGGAGAUCUGGGAAAACUCCCAGAUGGAAAUAUGGUUUUUGCCCGAAAUGCGACUUCGGCCAUCUCGUGAGGAAGCAAAUCAGCCUGGACCAUCCCGACCAGAACAUUGCCGGAAAGUAUCGACUCAGCUGCAGCGACAAAGAGAGAAAGGGUUGCACGUAUUACAAGAUCUGGAACACAGACCCCAUGCUUACAGCUCCACCGCCGCCCUCCAAAAAGGCCAUCUGCCCGCAGUGUACAAUGGGUCGACUCGUCAAGAAGUGCUUGAAUCCCUUCAACUUCAAGGAACAGUGGAUGGAGUGCGACAGAAAAGACGCAGCGGAACGGCCAUGCGAUUACCGCGAAGACGUGCACGGCAAAGCAUUUCAGAACACGGGAGCGCUACCCGGAACACAACCUACGGGACGCCCCUCCGACUCCGACCAUGAUCACGAUGGGAAGAAGCUGGACAAAGGGAAAGCGCCUGAACGGCACCCAGCGAAUAUGGCAAGGCCAGGAACACGGGGUCUAGAACACGAGCCUGGACCAGCUCGAGCUGCAGAAAUGGCCAUAGACCUUACUGAAGAUGGUCAAUUAACGCCCGAAAGAUCACUCUCUCCUGUACCUGUUGCGUUGACUGUCAGCGACGCCGCGGCCGCCGAUUCCAUCGACUCUGCCCCUGGCCCUGGGAAGGACACAAAGUCAAUAGUCGUCGAGACGGCCGCAGAUAUUCUUUCUUCCCAAACUGUCGUCGAUCUGGUCUCGGAUAUGUCGUCGCAGGUAUCUGACAUGGCAGGACCGGGGGAAGGCUCGCCAAAGCAAGUGGAAGUACUUGCAAAGCCUCAAAACCAGGCAUCUGGCAAACAACAGUAUACUUAUCAGGACGAGUUCGACUCCUCCGAUGAUGAAGAGCUUGCUCGCUUGACCGAUUACAUCUACACUUCUGCACGAAAACCAUCGCCGCAAGUAGGAGUAAAGCCAGAAUCUCCUAGCAGCCCCAUAGCGAAGAUUGAGAGAGAUGACUGAGAUCAGCCCACAGUCUCUACUGAAGCAUCCAAGCUAUGCAGCCCUUUAUCACCUUCACAGGGUUUUCAGUUGAAAGUGGACAAGGGGAUUGCAACAAUGGAGGUGCGUGCGCGGGAACAGCCGACGGGAACAGGCACCGUGGCGCCCGGAAAGGAGCCCGACGCACGCGGAGCACAAAUGGAGCACGGUCGGGGUAUGUAACCGAAACUAAAAUGAUGAUAGCGGAGGGAGGCGACGGCACCUAGCAUCAUGUUGAGGACUCGAGCUCGAAAUCACGAAAGCACGAGCUUUAUUUCUGUAUUGUAUUUAACGUUUGUCUAACACCAUCGGUGGGGCUCUACAUGUAUGGAUAUAUCGAUAUGUGGGGUACAUGUGGGGCAGAACUUGGAAGGAAGCUACCUUGGUCGGAUCUCUGCAAACGCGUCUCCAUGUUUAUCGUUCGAAGCGCGUUGAAGGCAUCCAAGGGGAAUGCAGUUAAAUGCGCAGAAACGCGUCAGUUAUGCAUGGAAGGAAGUUACCAGAUCAGUCUUGCCUCGAUCAGGCAUCACGCAUGGACUUUUUGCCUGUUUCUUACUGGUAAUUACAUACAGCUCAGAGGCCAUGGAACAAUCACUCACCGUUUCUUUUCCU